CAUCAAGCAAGUCAACGCUUAAGUGUAAUUUUAGUCGGUUUUGAUGUGUGGUUAUGCGUUGUCUCACUUGACACCGCAGCCAACGACAAAGCAUUCCCCAAAUGUUUAUUUUCUCCCCAAGCUGGCUUUAGGUUGCAGCCAUAUCCGCCCCUGAUGCUUACGAUGAAAGCGCUUUUAAGAGUGGCCAAGAUUUCGCUCUGUUUGGCAGCCUUUCUGUGUGCACCACACUUGGCUGUCCUCUUUAGAGAAUGUCCAGUCAAACCGUUAACCCAACCGGGCGCUAUGAAAUUUUAAUCCAGACAACCAGAGGAUGUCUGGAUGGAGCGCCUCGUUGCCACAUCGCCAUGUGCAUCAUGGUGGAGCGAGUGUGAGAGAGGGAAAAAAACGAGAGAGCCUUGGGGACCAGAGGAGGGGCCUCUUGGAAAACCGCAUUCACAUAGCUGGUUUGGUUUCACAUCUGCUUUGCUUGACAUACUUUCAAGAUUUACCCUGAAAAUAUCUUCUGAAACAUUGGAAUGUAAUUUUGUUUUUUGUUUUUUUACACUCAAAGGUGGCUACACCAGACUGGGACCAGCUCCGAUGACCACAAGGGUCCCCCUCCAGCUCCUUUCAGCCAGUCUUGGAGGGGCUGUCGAGCUGAUGUCUCAGAGGGCGAGCGGCUGUUUGUGUUGUGGAGUCCUAAAGAGGCAAACUUCAUCACGAUAAAUGGAGGAGAAGGAGCGGUGUCGGAGCAGGUCUCCAGCGCGGAGGGCGAGCCGGGUUCAACAAGUGGUGGGAACCAUAAUACGUCGUACCCGAGAAUCACUGAGCAGAGAGCGGUUGCUAGGCGAUGGGAGGCCUCAACGGUCCAACAGCCUGUCCAAUCAGAAUUACCAAGCCAAGCUGUCACUGCAGAUCACCAGGGACCCUGUGCUGGACCGAAGCACCGGACAUGGAUUCCUCCUCACCACAAACACACCCCUGCUGGUCAGGGAUGUAGCCACAGGGAGUCCUGCAGAUGGGAUACUCUACCCUGGGGACCAAGUCUUGCAGAUCAAUGAUACUGUGCUGGAUGAUUUGAACGGCGAUGAGGUGGAAAACAUCUUAAGGGACUUGGAGGACUGCAUAACCAUGACGAUCCUCCGGCACAUGACUAAUCCCAAAUCAUCCAUCAUGUCAGCAGAGAAGAGAGCCCGUCUGAGGAGUAAUCCAGUUAAAGUGCGCUUUGCAGAAGAGGUGGUGGUCAAUGGGCACACUCAGGGAAACUCUCUUCUCUUCCUGCCCAACGUUCUAAAAGUCUAUCUAGAGAACGGACAGACCAAGGCCUUCAAAUUUGACCACACCACCACUGUCAAGGAUAUUGUUCUGACUCUGAAGGAUAAACUAUCCAUCCGGGCUAUCGAAUACUUUGCCCUGGUGCUCGAGCAACAGUACAGCAUCACCAAACUACUGCUGCUGCAUGAAGAUGAUCUUAUACAGAAGGUGGUGCAAAAAAAAGACUCCCAUGAUUACAGAUGUCUAUUCCGGGUGUGCUUCGUCCCCAGAGAUCCCGCGGACAUGCAACAGGAGGACGCCUUUGCCUUUGAGUACCUAUUUUUACAGAGUGUUGGUGAUGUACUACAGGAGCGCUUUGCUGUCGAAAUGAAGUGCAACACUGCACUUCGUCUCGCUGCCCUGCACAUGCACGAGAGACUCGAUAGCUGCGGACUGACCAGGACCUCCAUCAAAGCCAUUACGAAGGAGUUUGGCCUUGACAGCUUCAUUUCUCCCACGCUGCUGAGCAACAUGAGGGAGAAGGACCUGAGAAAAGCCAUCAGCUACCACCUCAAAAAAAUUCAGUCUCUGUUAGAGCCUCGCCAGAAGGUGAUAUCUGCUUCCCAGGCUCGGGUAGCCUACCUCACUCAACUGGGAGAGCUUGUUUCCUACGGGGGAAGGUCCUACUCAGCUACGAUGAUGCUUCAAGAACGGGAGGUGUUGGUCAGCCUGUUGGUGGGAGCCAAGUAUGGUAUGAGUCAGGUCAUCAAUCACAAACUCAACGUAAUCUCCACAUUGGUUGAGUUCAGCAGCAUCAGCCGCGUGGAGUUGCUUUCCGAGUCGGACAAAGUCAGUCUACUGCGCAUCUCACUGCACGACAUGAAGCCAUUUGCCUUACUGAUGGACUCUCUGGCAGCCAAAGACCUAGCGUGUCUGCUGGCAGGGUACUGCAAACUCCUGGUGGAUCCGAGUCUCAAUGUCUUCCGAAUGGGACGUCCCAAAGUGAGGGUGCACCGCAUUGCUGCUGAAGAAGGUGUGUGUGGGAAGUUCACCGUAGUAGAGGGCGUGUGCUGUGAGUCCCUAUCAAGUUAUGUCUCUCGCUGCUGCACUGACUCAGACGACUCAACAGAUGAGGAUGAUCCAAUGGACUCUCAGCAUUACAAACACCAUGACCCGGCAAGUCAGGACUGGGAGGAAAGACGAAGGGAGGAGGAAGAAAAGAGGAAAGAGGAAGCGAGACAAGAGAGGGAGGAGCAGAACGGCAAAAAGGAGGUGAAGAUAAUAGUGACAAAAGAAGGUGAAGAAUACGAGGGUGAAGAAGAACGAGGUGCUUCGGAAAGCGGUCUGCGUAAAGUGAUGAAUGAAGAAUUGAAUUCGGAGACCACUUGGUACCACACGGAUCUACGGGUGACCAGCAGCUUUUCCAGCUUGUCUAGCGGCUCGUUGAGUGCCGCCCUAGAAGAGAGCAGCACCACAGUCAAAGCUCUCCCUCGUCUCGAUGCAUCGCUCACAAGAGAGAAUCUCCAAAUUAUGGAUGUUCAUCAACCCUACCUUCUGGAAUCAAAAUGCCUCCAAGGCCCUUCAAGACCAACCAAUCUCAAUUACAGAGUCAGUGACAAGCCUUGUCGUUGUUUUUCUGAACUCUCUAAAGCAGAUUUCCUCUCGAGCCCGUCGGGAGCUACUAGUGAUGAUGAAGAAGAGGAAGAGGAGGAAGAAGAGCGAGGAAGAGAGGUACUGAGACGCAUUUCAAAGAUCCCGAGUUCGAGAGAUUUAAGGAUGAUUGACAGCACACCUUUCGAGAGAGCGCCCAUUAAAAGAAAGAAGAAAACCCCUCCCAAAGUACCAAUACGAACCAGUUCCAUACCAGGUCACAAUGCAGGACAAGCUGAGCAGCGCCUCUCCAAGGAUGAUGAGUCUCUUUUCCAAACCCCUUCCCCAAACCCGAAAGCAGCUGUUUUGGUCAAAGAGAAUGCUUCCGAGUCUGAAGAGGAGUUUUUUGAUGCACAGGAGAGAUUCAAUUCUCCAGUUCCAGAUCUCUCAGACGUGGAGCUCGCGGAUCGGCGGAAUGCGAAUCGGUUGAGCGGAACAUGGAAUUCUCUUCCCGCUCUGGGAAAAGAGCCGUCCUCACCCCUAUUUCAGUCGUCUAAGAUCAAGAAAGAGGUAGAGGAGCUUAAACAUCCCAUGAAUACGGUCAGUAACCUUGUUAGUAAAGCAUGUCCUGCGGAGAAACCUGAAGUCAAGGUUAAACCACCACUGGCACCUAAGCCGCAGCUGCCUCCCAAACCUCAGAUUAUUCCCCCCAAGUCUCCCAAGCAUGGGAAAUCCUAUGCCCACUGCAAUGGAGAUGCCUGUGGACGUCUGUCUUCUGACCUGUUGGAAAUGGAGCCGGAGACUAUGGAGUUCAAGUCGGUCACGUACGGUACAGGAGGUUCGCCACUCAUCACUGCAGUGCGGUGUAACAAGCAAGCGUUACCAGUCACGGCACUGCAAACAAAAGAGGAACACACAAAACGGCCUACAGACAAUGCACAACGUGUCGUUUUCAAAGACAAAACAUACAUUCCUGACAAGAUGGAGCCUUCUGAAGUGACGAAAAGUCACGGCACUACAAAAAACCUACAAAAUGCAGCCCUUAUCCUUCGCUCAAGUUCAGGCUCUAAGUUAUCUGCUCCCCCUCCAGUACCACCAAAACCCACUUCGCCCAAAAUUCUCCAUCCUUUGACAUUAGUUGCUAGCUCUCCAGUCUCUCCAACAGAUCCAAACAAAAGCAUCUUUAAAGACAGCACAAGUCCACCAAACGGUAUUCUCCCCUGGAGCAGCUGCAAUGGCAGUGUCCAGUCGGGACCAAGAAGGGUCUCUGUGAGCCACGAGAGCCUCUCACCCAAAAAUGAUAACUCAUCAAUUGCCACCUCGCUCACCUCAAACAGCUCCAAAGCGGUUACUGGCCAGGAAAGUAGAGAAGAAAGAAGAUCUGGGUCUGGCACCGAUCUGAGGAGUAGCUCUUCUAGCCUCGGAGGCAGACUAUCUGCCUCUGCUCUAAGAGGGAAAAUUCAGGCGCUUCCCUGGUACAUGACACGUUCGCAGGAGAUUUUAGGGACUCUGGACUACCCCUCCACCAGCUCAAUCAAUGGCGAUACAUCUGGCUUUGGGUCGGGUUUGUCUGUAGCGAGUGGGUUGUCGGACACAAACAAGACCCCUGUGAAGGAUAAAGAAACAGUGGCAUCCAAAUCAGGCGGAAAAGGCAAUCUUUUAGAGGAUGGAGCUGAGGUCGUCAUAGCCACCAUUAAGGAGGCAGGGGACGUAAGCUCAUACUUGAGAAAGGUCAAUGGGACAAAUGGGUCACAUCCAAAUCUCAAUUUUGCGAGCAACAGUGCGCACAAUGUCUCAUCAGAACAACCUCAGUCACGGACCCACUCCGCGGUGGGAAUAGGAGGCAUAUCCCACAUGCAGAUCGGGGGCGACUCGCCAACGUCUUCUCUCGGAGACGGCACCCCUCCGCAGCAGCGAGAGGCCUGCGGCUGCCGUACUGUUUACGCCAACUGUUUCAGCGGCGACAACGAGGAUGGCAUCAGCUUUGACGAGGAGCUGACUGUUUACGAGUUCUCCCGCCGCACGCGUCCAAAAACAACACGACCUCCGCCAGUUCCUUCGCCCACCACGCCCGCUCCAAAUCCUAAUAUUCUGUCACUGCUCAGAGACAAUCCUCGACCACUUUCUACUUUCUCCACUGCCUCCUCUGAACUCAGUCCCUUAGUUUCGUGUCCGGUGUCACCGACAACCUCACUCCGGAGUCCCCUAUGUUCCCUUACCAACAAGAACUACGGUGGCCUGAAAGGAGGUUUUGCCUCCCUACGACAAGAUAUAGAUCAGCUUCUGUUGGUGUUGGAGAGGGCUUUACCCGAACAGAUGCAGACAAACAUCCUGUCAAAGCAGGAUGGCGCAGGGCCCGACCCCAAUCACAAUGGGAGUGAAGGCACCGCGAUGCAAACAGGUUGUACGGGGUGCAGUCCCGCCAGCAUGACAGAGGCCGAGAGGAAUCUCCUGCAAGCUGAAGCGCGACGAUUGGCGUCCGGGUGUCAGCGGGCCACACGUGUAGGCUGGGCUCCCGACGAAGCCCUCCGGUCUUUAUCGAAUAGUUUCGGUGCGUUGGUUCAGCUAUCGGCAGCGUGCAUGCGUACCAGUCCGUGCGCCGACUGCGACAGCUGCCAUAAUGCAAGCUUGGACGACGACAGCCACGAGCCUAUGGACAAGUUGAAAGAGAUUGUGGCUCUGUACCGAGAAUUUGUUGGGGCCGUGGAGACAGCCGGCACUGGUGGCAAGAGCGUCGGCCUUAAUGGGUCGGGACAGAGCCAGGGAGAAGGCGAUGGCGUCAGGCUGCUUGCCAAACGCUGCACGGUACUCAUCUCAUCUGUGUUUGCGCUCACACAGCUCUUCCGGACACCCACGUCAGUCUCCUCUGAUACUGCUAGCGGUGUGCCGCUCAACUUUUAACCUUCUGACCCACCAGACUGUUAACACUGAAAUUCAAAGUACGAGAGGUGUAGACCCUGUCUUCUUGUACAGUAAGUGCCAUGCACAUGCACACCACACAUAUCUACAUGAAAAGACAAAGCCCACAAAACCCCAAAUAUUGAGAGGGAACUUUGCCUGGCCUCUUUGUGGAUGCGUAUGGACUAUGCAUUUGUACAUAUGAGUUUUAUAACUCUGAUAUUUCUCUUAUUUUAUUACAACCUGUGUAUGUACGUACGUGAGAAUGAAUUGCCCAUUAAUGUAUUUAUGUAUUUAUUUUUUACAGUAUUUGCACCAUGGUCUGUGUUGUUCAGGUCUCUGGUGGUUAAAAAUAUGAAACUAUGGAUGUCACUGGAUUUCUGUUUACUGUAUAUUUAAAACAGUAUUAGACCAACUUUGAUUCAUUCACUCCUCAAGGUGUAAUCUGUAAAUUGUCCCUUUUUUUAAUGACCAUAACACACAGCGGUCCGUUUUACUAAGAGUGAUCACAAAUGCACAAAAAUCCACCAAUUUGUUUUCAUAUGUGCAACUUUGCACCUUUUUGGAGAUUUGGUUUUUCCCAACAUAACGGUGACAAAUCAUUUGGAUUAGACCGUACCAUUACACAUCAGGGAAAGUACUUGUGACUGUUACAGAUUGCACCUUUUUCUAAGACACAUAACCUCGUGUUAGGUGUUUUUCUACACUUUCCUCUGUCCUGACUGAGCAUCUUUGAAGCACUCCCGUCAUUCAAACAUUAUGCAGUAUUAUAAUGUAGUUUUCAUCCAAAGGACAGCAUAUACAUAUAUAAAGACAGACGGCAUAUAUUUUCUGGAAAUGUGAGAAUAAGGACCAUGGCGCAAAACAAGGGAACAUAUUUACUGUAUGUUGAAAUAUUUUGGCAAGUCAGAAAAGUGACUGUUGACGCUGUUUUGAUGUAGCAAUGAUCCAAAGUCUUAAAACACGUAUCCACAACUGUCUCCCCGAUGCUUUCCUUUUUGGGUACACAAGUGACAAAUGCUGUACAACAAGGUCCAAAAUGUACUUUCUAUAUGUCUUAUUAUUAAUCUCACUACUUUAGUUUAUGGCUAUGCAAACUCCUCAUCUCUCUGUAUUCCUUUUGUCUUGUUGUGCCAACAUUGAAAACAACCACUACAUUAUGUUGGUCUGAAAAAAAUGGGUGAUUUUUUUUUGGCCUGUGUCUCAGUUCUGGAAAACGUACUGCAUAUUUACCCGCAACCUUCGGCAAAGUUGCAUGGCAUUCGAAUUUGUCAAUACGAAGACUUUAUGCUGAUAUCUAAGUUGUCAGUGUUAACUUAAUCUGCUUGUUUCCACCAGAUGGGAAAAGAGAGAACAGCGUCUGCUUGUUUAUGUUUAUACAAAUGGGGAAAAGCAAGACUAAAAUUGGUGAAGAUGUAAUCUUACCAGUAAGGUGACAGUUCAUGUUUUAAAAGCCAGCAACCUUUGAGAGAAGUCUCCGAUUGCGUGCCAACAUCUGGACGUACAAUUUAUAACAUGCUGUUGUUGCAUCGAACAGGCUCAAGCAUAAAACCAGUGCCUGUGUCACCUCAUUGUUUGUUCUCUUUCUGGGUCAAAGUUGUACAUUUCAUCCGCAGUCAUGUUUCUGUAGCCACAAUUAUGCAGAUGUACCAAGAAAUAUGUUUGGGAAUAAAUGAUACGUUGACCUUUCA